GGAAGAGUACUUUGGCUUGUGCUUUGAACCAAAUGUUGUACCAAAAGGGGAAGCUUUGUUAUAUUCUUGCAGAGAACAUUCGUAGAGUCGGAGAGGUUGCUAAGCUUUUUGCGGAUGCUGGAAUCAUCUGCAUUGCGAGUUUAAUAUCUCCUUACAGGACAGACAGAGACGCUUGUCGAAAUUUACUCCCCGAGGGAGAUUUUGUUGAGGUGUUCAUGAAUGUAUCGCUUGAGGUUUGUGAGGCGAGGGAUCCCAAGGGUCUUUACAAGCUAGCUCGUUCAGGAAAGAUCAAAGGUUUUACGGGGAUCGAUGACCCUUACGAGCCACCAUUAAAUUGCGAGAUUUCUCUGUUCCACGGUCAUAGUUCUGUUUUAACAAGCCAAAAAGUAAAAAGUUAA